AUGGUACCAGAGUCUGUGUGUAUUGUUGGAGCAGGAGUGUUCGGCAUUUCUACGGCCAUUGCUUUAGGGAAGCGGUGUCCCGAGACCAAGGUCACCGUGGUCGACCGGUUAGAGCCGCCAGUUACAGACGGCACCAGCGUCGAUACCACGAGGUGUAUCAGGGUCGACUACAAAGAUCCCGUUUACGCCGAGCUGGCGCGCGAGUCAAUGGAUAUUAUCACUAAUGAUCCCGACGUGUCGCCAUUCUUCCACCAAUGUGGCAUGUCGUUCGUCUACGACGGCGGAAACGACAAAUGGGCAGAUAUCUGGAUUAAUGGUAAGAUAGCUGCGGAGAAGGCCAACGAGGGAAAUCCUGGCAAAAUGCGGUACUAUGACUCGCCGCAGGCGGUGUACAAGAGCAUUCAUGGCGUUGACUCCGAGCCAUUUGUCGAAAAUCCCCGCUGGAAUAAAGGAUACACCAAUUAUCUGAACGGCUUUAUCGACGCUGAGAAAAGCAUGAAAGCGUACUACGAGCGCGCCAAGACGUUCGACAAUGUGAAAUUUGUAUUCAAAGAAGUGGACUCUCUCAUGUAUGAUCCAGGCUCGCGCAAGGCAGAGGGCGUCAAGUUCGUGGACGGGUCAACAGUUGCAGCUGAUCUCGUCAUUGUGGCAGCUGGGGCCUGGAGUUGCAAGUUGGUCAAUCUCGAUGGGAUCUGCAAAUCCUCGGCAAUUGAAGUCGCCUGGUACAAGCUGACCAAGGAGGAGGAGGAACAAUGGGGCAAAAUGGCCAUCACGACGAACCUGUCCACGGGAAUAAACCUUUUUCCGCCGUACAACGGCGAGAUCAAAUGUCUGAGACGGUCUCCAGGGUAUAAAAACACUUUGCUGGUGCCAAAUCCUGACCCAACAAAGCAGGAGCCCGUGCAGAUCUCCUAUCCGCGGACUAUCGUCGACCAUCCGACCGACUGGAUCCCGCAGGACGCCGAAAACGCGCUCCGCGACAACCUGGCAGAGAUCAUGCCGGUGCUGGCCCAGAGACCGUUUGAUCGCACCAAACUGUGCUGGCUCACACAGACUCCGUCGGCGAAUUUCGUCAUUGACUACCAUCCGGAGUUGGAGGGUGUUCUUCUAGCCACAGGCGGCUCUGCGCACGCGUGGAAAUUUGUUCCUAUUUUGGGUGACAAGGUGGUGGACUACAUGGAGGGAAAGCUGGACCCGACUUUGAAGGAGAUGUGGUCGUUUGCAGAAAAGUUGCAGACCACGAGCGACAACGGCUCUGCGCCGCGGAUGGACGGCGAGCCUCAAGAGCUCCGUGAGGUGGUUAGAGAAUGUCCAAAUUAA